AUGGCAAAGUUUUACUCCAGUUCCAACGUUUACAACUUCGAUUGGGAUCAAGUAUCUGCUAUUUACUGGAAGAAAUAUCCAAACCCUUACAGUCCACACGUAUUAACCGAGGACGUUAUUGAAAGGUCAGUUGUUGUGGAUCGUAAGUUAAUAACUACUCGCUUAUUAAAGAAAACGAACAAACUCCCGAGAUGGGGAGAAAAGGUAUCCUCGGCCUAUAUUGUAGAAGAAUCCAUUGUUGAUCCAGUCAAUAAAAAACUAACCACUUAUACUCGAAAUAUUACUUUAACUAAAUGGUUAUUAUUGGAAGAAAAGUGCGAAUAUUACCCAUGUUCACAAAAUUCGAAUUGGACGAUUUGUAAGCGCUAUGCAUGGAUUAGUUCAUCAAUGUUUGGCCUAGCGCCUGCCUUGAAAGCAUUUGGCUACGAAAGAUUUAAAUCGAAUGCUUCAAAGGUAAAGAUUGUAUUAACUAAUAUAUAUAAUUGA